AUGGAGUCGCAACAUCAGCCCAAACCCCCCGGUAGCACACCGAUACUUCCCAAGAAAGGGAAAAAGGCAUGUACUCAAUGUCGUCAGCAAAAGUCCAAAUGCGACGUCUGGAGAGAUGAGACAAUACCCUGUUCCCGGUGCAAGAAGCAUGGCUAUGAAUGCACCAUCGAUGAUGCCUUCACAAGAGAACACAAACGUCGACGACUGAAUGAGCUGGAAAGAGAGAAAGAGCAAUUGCGCCAACAAUUACAGAUCUCUCGGCAUAGGCCUCCAGACCACCCCGCUAUCACUCCAAUCUCGCCAGCGGCGAGACUAGGAGUACCGACAGGUCCAAACGCCAGUGCCGAGUCUGAUGCUUUGCAAAGUUUGGGCCCUCAUUCAAAUCAGCACAUAGCGCUUGCGGAUUCCUCAUCCAGUGCAAUUACGCAUGGAAAUGGUUCCACAAAGCCACGCUCCCUCAAAGGGGUCACAGUUACCGGAGAGGAGAUCGAUGAGUUGUUUGAAAUAUUCUUCCGCCACUAUGCCCCAUUCCUCCCGAUUCUCGAUGCUCAGAUCAAACCAGACGCGUACUAUGCACAGUCGCCAUUUCUUUUCUGGGCUGUCGUCGGUGUGUGCAGUCGAUCGUACCCCCGCAACCCGACUCUGCAGACGGCAUUGGCCCAGGAAGUUACUGAAAUGGCGUUCCUGUCGGUUCUGUCGACCUGUGCACCUUGGUAUAUGAUUCAAGGUCUGUUGCUUUUGCUCACAUGGCCAUUCCCGAAGGAGAAUCGACCUGAUGUUACUUUCCUUUUGAGUGGCAUGUUGCUGCACAUUGCGAUGCAAAACGGAUUUCACAUCCCGAUGUCGAGCCACGAAUUCUCUAGGGUGAAAAUUCCAGCGCCAUCAGAACAGGACAUGAUCCGUCGGUCAGAACUUUGGGCUCACUGUGUCCUAGUAUAUCAGCGGUCUUGUUUUUUCAAGGGUCAAUCUCCUCGCAACCUUAUCAGUUUAGCACAGGACCCCAUUCAACGCCAGGUGUUGUACGAUAUGAUUGCUCCAGACCUAGCCCAGAAGCUUCGAUGCCAAGAGCUUGUCGGAAGCUGCAGCGAGGCUGUCCUUCAGAAUGGGGUACGAGCCAUGUCCUUGGACCAAGAGGUCUCCUUAGAUGGACUGCUGCGAGUAUAUGAAAACAAAGUGGACGAAGUUGGGUUGCAGGCAAUUGCUGAUGAUGAGAGGUAUCAUCUUCUCCUUUGUAAGAUGGCAAUACAGGGCUUCCAUUUCUACAAAACGCGAACGACGAUUUCCAGUGGAUGUCUGCCGCGUCUUAUUACAACGGCUUGCAACCUAGUCGAUUUUAUCCAGGCCCUAGGAGACAAGAUGGGUUUUCUCUCUAUGGCACCCGUUCAAGUGGGCUUCGGUAUUCUCCUUGCCUCUAUGACCUUGUUGCGCAUACUCAAAAGCAAUGUUGAUACAAUCGGCCUAGAUGUCAACCGCGCCCGAGCCUCGUUCUUUACGGCGAUCAAUCUGGCUAAACAGGUGUCUACCGACAGGACAGAUACCGCAGCCAGGACAAUCACACUGCUCAAUCAACUCUGGAAUAGCAGCAGAGCAUUCCGCAAGGCCGAUGGCUCUGAAUACACCGCUCUCCGGAUCCGGAGUCGCUUAAUCCUGAGUCAAAUCCUGGACAGUGUCUGGUGGUGGCGGGAUGAGUUUGACCCUCACACUCGUGCCAUAGUCCGAGGCAACGAAACUGCAGACGUUGGCAUGCCAAAGACUAACCCCCUUGCGGGUGGAAACACCGGACAUCCCAUCGGAUCAACCGAUCCAACCAGAGAGCCCUUAGGCGGUAUCUUCUCCGGCAUGGGCCUACCUCCACAGGAAGAAUUCACGAUGGAUGAAGAUUUCUUUGCUAAAUUUGAAUGGGCAAUAAGCGAGGAAGAGUUUCUUUCGUUAGGCGCUUUCCCUGCAGACUGGGGAUCAAGCAACAACAUAACAUGA